AUGUCCAUUGUUGCUGGGGAUCGAAUCUACGACCUCAGGAUACCAGUCUGCCGCAACUGCAUCGUUUCACCAACUGGGUCAUCACCGCCGCCGCUGCAGGAGCAGUCACCCCCUCCGCCGGCGCCAUCAUCACCACCCCACCGACUUCCUUCGCCACAACCACUUUUAUCCCCUCAGUCACACAUUUCGCCACAGUCACACCUGCAAUCCCAGUCGCAUAUAUCUCCACAUCUCUCACCGCUGCCCAGCCAUAGUGGAUCUUCUAUUCCUAGCACAUCGAAUUCACCCCACCCCUACUCGUACCCAAACAGACGGAGCCAGUAUCAAGAUUAUCCAGGUCAAAGUUACCAGUCACCACAAAGUCCUCAGUCAGCAAUGUCGCUGUCACCACAUCCACCGCCAGUACAAGGAAAGUUCCGGGGGCUGUUGGAGCACGCAGAACGGCUCAUGAAACCCGGAGACCCUCACAGGCAUUCUCAGAGUGAUGAUGACUCUGGAUGUGCAUUGGAAGAGUACACCUGGGUUCCUCCUGGAUUGAGACCUGAGCAGGUGCACCUGUACUUCUCAGCGAUUCCAGAAGACAAAGUGCCGUACGUGAACAGCGUGGGUGAGAGGUACCGGCUGAAGCAACUGUUGCAGCAGCUACCACCUCAGGAUAAUGAGGUCCGAUAUUGCCACUCAUUAUCAGAUGAGGAGCGCAAAGAGCUGCGGCUAUUCAGCGCUCAGAGGAAGCGAGAGGCGCUGGGCAGGGGUCAGGCGAGACAGCUGCACGCACCGGCUACUUGUGAGCGGGUAAGUGAUAGAUUUAUCAUACGAGGGUAA